AUGGCAGUCAAAUUAAAAUAUCAAUGGUUGGGCAUUGCAAUUCCUACGUUCCUAAUUAGUUUCAUAGGAUAUGUUGCCCACUAUUUUGUCCUUUUAAACUUUGCAUCAACAUCCAAACAGGUUAUAUUUCAAUUUUGUUUAACGAUGAUUUGGAUCUCAUACUACCUGGCAAUUAAAACGAAUCCAGGAAAGCCUCCGAUUAACUAUCGGCCAAGCGAAACCGAAUGGCAUAAUUACUGUAAAAAAUGCAAUAACUUCAAGCCACCCCGUUGUCAUCAUUGCAAAACAUGUAAACAGUGUGUUCUAUCAAUGGAUCAUCAUUGUCCAUGGACCAUGAAUUGUGUAGGUCACAAUAACUUUCCCCAUUUUGUAAGGUUCCUAUUUUGGGUGAUCGUUACAACAUCAUAUUUGCUUACUCUGCUUAUAAAAAGAGUAUGUCAAUUGUGGUAUAUGAGACACAUGCCUUACACUCAAACAUACAUUACCGAAAUUGUUGCUCUCUGUAUAACUACCCCAAUGGAUGCAUUUGUAUUAAUAACAAUCAGCAUUCUUUUCAUCAGGUGUAUCUACAAUCAGGGAUUUAAAGGAAUGACUCAAAUAGAAUCAUGGGAAAUGGACAGGUUAGAAAGCCUACAUUAUAAGAAGUCUUUAUUACCUCUACUUGUUGAUACUUUAAAAGGUAAAAUGCCUCAAGUGCAGAAAAACAGACAUCAAGAGAUAAACAACUUGUUAUCAAAACGAUAUGUUCCUUUCGAAAAUAUUGUGAAUUUUCCCUAUGAUAUAAAUGUCUGGACUAACUUGAUAAAUAUUAUGGGACCGUGGUAUAUGUGGCUCUGGCCAUUUGCAAAACCAGCAACUGAUGGAGUGUCGUUUAUGAAAAAUGAAUUGUCAGAGUUUGAAUCGGACUCAUCCAUUGAAGAUAUACUACUAUCGUUACCAUGGCCGCCCGAUGGUACUCGACAUAUUCUAACCACUGAAAGUGGUGUAGUGGAAACUAUAGUAGAUGGUGGAGAGCAAGCUAUGAGAGAGAGAUAUACAGACCCAAGAGAUAAAUUGAAAAGAACUUCAUGGUAUAAUGACUGGGGGGAAGAACUCUCAGACUUCGGAGUAGACACUGAGGUGGAAUAA